AUGCAGCGCGGGUUGCGGUUUGCGGUGCUGCUCCACCUCCCUCGCUCGCCCUUUUGCCGGCUUUCUAACCGAGAUCCAGAACAAAAAAAAAGGCAACCUCCAUCAUCCAAGUUCUUGACCUCAGUAGCAGUCGUCAGCAUCGACGCAUACUUGCAAGAUGGUUCAGUAAGUCAUUUCCUUGUCUUUCGAAUAUGCUGGCGUCCUGGGAAACCGUCUCUGACCAUCUACCACACUCUCUCCACUCUGACUGACAGCGCCGACGCCGCCGCGCUCCCGACCUACGUCGUGACGAAAGCCGACUUCUACGACCACCUCGAAUCCUCCCUCCUUUCGCUCAUCGACCCUUGCACCGACUGGCUCUCGUCGCUCUCCAACGCUGCUUCGCUCAUCUUCAAUUCGAUGAACCGCUUCCCCGUGUGGACCGAGAAACGCGUUAACUGGGCCGGCUUCUACCUCCUCUCCCCUCUCCUCCCGUCCGAGAUCCUCUCACCCAAGCAGCGUCGCAACCCAACUCUGCUGCUGGGACCGUUCAACGGUCUCCCCGCUUGUCAGCUCAUCCACUCCGUCCCGGGCAAGGGCGUCUGCGCAGACGCCUCCGCUCUGCUCCCACCUCGCGUCGUGAGGGUGCAGAAUACCGAGGAGUAUCCGGGUCACAUUGCGUGCGAUUCGCUUUCCAAGAGCGAGAUCGUCGUGCCCCUCGUGAUCAACAGGGCAAAGUUGAACCGUGUGCAUCAGAAGGCGUUGGACGAGCAAAGCCCGAGGGACGGCAAGGCGGCUCAAGGCGACGACAGGUCGUGGGCGGGCAGAGGCGAUGGCGAAGAGGUCAUCGUCGGCGUGCUGGAUAUCGACUGCGAGUCGUUGGAUGGUUUCGAUGCAGAGGACGAAGAGAGGUUGCAGAGGAUCGCAAACUUGAUCGUCGAACGCUCGGCUUGGUAA